ACUAUAAAAUAUAUUUAUUCUCAAAAACAACUUCACUCAAUUUAAAAUGACGAAUGACAGUAAAACAUCGUUCUUAAAUAGCACAAUGGCUAUACUGAAAAAUACAACUUCAGACCUUGAUCUCACAAAUGUUAUCAUCAUAAGUCAAGCAGUCAAUGCAAUUCUCCUUACAUUGUCUUCAUGGAUCUUUAUAUCAAUGAUAUAUUAUGGACUGACGAAUGAAAAUUGGAAAAAGAAUGACGGAAGGUCCAAAUCCAACAGUAAACUUGCCUAUAACGUUUGUAUGCUUUCAAUAGCUUUGCUUGUACCAAGAUAUGCUAUUUAUGCGGCAAUGUUCCAACUUCCUUCAAUAGAAAAUGCUUUACAGUGGUGUGAGCUGAUAUCAGAUGUUGCAAUAACAAUUCGGCUUCUCUGCCGAUAUGCGAUGUAUUUUUUUCUCUGGUUGCGACAGAAACUCUUGUAUGCCCAUCCCUCAACUCUGCAACUUGGUGGGAAAUAUGUAAAUGCCAUCAGUUGGGUAACACUGUUUGGAAUUACGUUAUCUUUUGUGGGAAUUAUUUGCAACUCUAUAAUUCCAACAAAGUUUAUUGGAUCUACUUAUGGAUGCAUGAAACGUACGAACCGUUCUUCUUAUCCUUUAGUUGGAGCUCUUCUUGGUGCAGGACUGACAUUGUCACAAGUUUUAUUGCUAGGAUUGUUCAUUUACCCCGUGAUUCGAAGUGAUAAAGUUCUACAGAGGCACAAUCAAAGCGAAACCAAAAGAGCAUCAACCAAUGAAGUUCACAACCAAUCGCGUUGUUUCAGUUGCAUCGCUACAAAGUCCAGCAGUCCAGUGGGUCAAAUCAUAAAACGUUGCAUAGUGGGAACAAUCAUCGCAAUUUUGUCAGACGUCUUAGGAGGUGGUUUAAAGAGUCUGCUUCCCUACACCAUCUAUCCGCGCUCGGUAACAGAAACAAUAUUCGGCGUUAGCACGUUCAUCAACGCUUACUGUGCUUUAACAACAUUCAAGAGCCAUUGGUCCAUUCUGUUUGUGCUGUUCCAAAGAAGAAAUCGGAAAAAUAUCAAAGAACGGCGAGAGAAUCGAGUUAUCUCUUCUUCGGCCGCGAGUGUAACCACUACAGUAUAAGAAACGUUUAGUACAAUAUUGCGCUCCUAUAUGCAGCACAACACAGAAUUUGUGAAAAUAUCAUUUCAAGGACAAAAUAUAGCAUGUUCAUAAUAUACAUAUCCAUUACGGGGAAGAUUGCAAAUUUUCCUGGGUCCCUUGUUUUUCAACAAAAAACCUAAAAGUUGCUAAUUUUAUUUUCUAGUAAAUUUUAUUGUUUGUUUUAUAUUUGGUAUUGAAUUAAACUUUUGCUCAACAGCAAGUGUA